AUGACACUUCUUCUUCCUCGACUUAACCAUAUCCACAAUCCACCGGUAGUACAAUACCGACGCCUCCGUAAAUCGUACAGAUUACCAGUGAUCUCCGCCGUCUCCGGUAAGGAACUGAUAACUUCCGGCAAGGUACGGGCGGUGGAGCCGAAAGAAGCGAAGACGGUGGUGGCGUCGGAAGGAUACGUGCUAUUAGACGUGAGGCCGGUUUGGGAAAGAGAAAAGUCACGCGUGAAAGGGUCCUUGCACGUGCCACUUUUCGUUGAGGAUACAGACAAUGGGCCGAUCACGCUGCUGAAGAAAUGGAUACAUUUGGGUUACAUUGGGCUUUGGACGGGCCAGAAAUUCACAAUGUUCAAUGACGAAUUUACCCUCCGUGUUGUAGAGGCUGUCCCGGACAAGCAGAGUAAAAUGCUCGUCGUGUGCGGUGAAGGACUCAGGUCGUUGAUGGCUAUAUCAAAGCUGUAUGGAGAAGGGUACAAAACCUUAGGAUGGUUAACCGGAGGGUUUAACCGAGCAACCGAAGGAGAUUUUCCAGAGAUUGAAGGGACAGAAGAACUUCGGUUCGCGACGAUCGGAGGAGCAUCAUAUUAUUUACUUAAAUUACUUGUACUGUUGCAGAGUUUUGGCAAAGAGAAAGAGAGUCGUUAA